GUGCUGAAAUCGCAAUUGUAGGUCGGAUAUCGGAAUGUCUACUUCAGUCAAUAUAAGAUUUUUAUCAAUAGAUAAAUCAAACAAACAUCAUCCUUCUAUACAAAUUGAUCCUAUUACAAGCUCUGGAGGAUGUAAGACGUAAAAGACAAAACCUUAACAUCACAUUUAUACUUUAUGAAAACAAGAUUAAUCGUUCUGCUUUCCUAUUCCUUUAUUGUUAUAAUGGCCAUUGAUUUAAGAGCUGACAUAUUACAUUGUUCUAUAUAUAAAGUGUCAUUACAAAGCUUAUAAGAAUCACCGCACUGUUAUUUUUUGUGCGAUGUUAAACUGGUUUCCUAGCAGUUUUCGGUCCCAAAUCGCUCUUUUUUACAAAUAAAAUAAGAAUCUGUGAACGGGCGUGCACAAACCUUUGAUAAAACAUAUGUACCUACCUGUCAAGCAUUCCCUUGUUUUCAAUGUUGCUCUUAUAGUUUACAUUUAAGUUGACAUAGGACCAUUUUAUCCAGAAAUAUCUUAAUGUACAGUUGUGAAUUGAACGAACUAUACAUGGUGAAUGCAUUUAUAUAUUUCAGGUAAGUCUGUUAAUAAAACCUAUCGUAUGGCAUUCUUUGCUGGCCUGGGCGAAAACAAGGGUCAGAUAGAAGGAAACAUUGAUCUUGUUUUUGAUAAGGUUCACACAAAUGUUGGAGAUGCCUAUGAUAAACAAACUGGAAGAGUCACUAUUCCUUUCUCUGGAUUGUAUCAUUUUACUGUCGUGAUUGCUGCCCAGGGGGGACAAAAGGCUGCUGCGAUGUUGAUGAACAACGGAACGAUGGUGGAGACAAUAUGGGCAGAGAGUAUACCGUUGUGGGCGACGUCGUCAAACACCGCCAUAUUGAAUCUAACAUCCGGGGACCAGGUCUGGCUCGUACUUCUAAAGCGUGCGCCAUAUAUCCAUGGUUACAUGUAUUCGUCUUUUUCUGGGUAUUCAUUAUUUGACACAGAAAAUGAAGAAAACGAAGCACCACAAGACGAUGAUAAAAUUAAUGGAAAGUCUUAAGUUAGAAAAAAUUGUAAAAAGUUUGCUUUUAAAAGUAAAGUACGAUAUACAAAAA